UUGAGGUUAGGAUGGAUGUCGAGAGAUGGUAGGGAGUUGAGCGGUUCCGUUGGCCGAGGCAGAUCAGAGAGCAGCGAGUCGUCGCACUUAAAAGAUCUCUGCACUUGUAUCGAAAACAUGUCCAAGUCUAAAUACAGCAUUGUUAUGGUUCGCCACGGCGAAAGCGAGUGGAAUCAGUUGAAUUUAUUUUGCGGCUGGUACGACGCCGGUCUGUCCGACAAGGGGAAAAACGAAGCUGUUGCAGCUGGAAAAGCGUUAAAGAACGCAGGGUACACCUUUGAUGUGGCGCACACAUCGGUGUUAACGAGGGCACAGGUAACGCUACAAUCCAUUCUUAAGGAGAUUGGUCAGGAGAAUAUACCAAUAUGUAAGACAUGGAGAUUAAACGAGAGGCACUACGGUGGUCUCACUGGCAUGAAUAAAGCUGAGACAGCAGCUAAAUACGGAGAAGAACAAGUACAAAUUUGGAGACGAUCCUUCGACACACCUCCCCCUCCCAUGGAGCCUGAUCAUAAAUACUAUGACAACAUAGUGAAAGACCCCCGAUACAAGGAUGGCCCGAAACCUGAAGAGUUCCCUAAAUUUGAAUCUCUUAAACUGACGAUUGAGAGAACUCUGCCAUACUGGAAUGACACGAUCAUCCCACAACUCAAAGAGGGCAAGAAGAUCAUCAUUGCUGCUCACGGAAACAGCUUGCGUGGCAUCGUGAAACACUUAGACAAUCUGAGUAACGAUGAAAUAAUGGGGCUUAAUCUUCCUACGGGGAUUCCAUUUGUCUACGAGUUGGAUGAGAAUUUCAAACCCGUCGUUUCAAUGAAGUUCCUAGGCGACGAAGAGACUGUCAAGGCAGCAAUAGCUGCAGUUGCUGCGCAAGGGAAAGCAAAGUAACAUAAAAAAGCCCACUCUACCCUAACAUUUGUGUACAGGGAUUCGAAACUGGUUUUCUUAUCUCUAUCACGACUCGAUAUAUCUGUAUAAAAAUAGUUUCCCCAUAAUUAGUGUACGUGUUCAUUGCUAAAUAAGAACUGGCUCCUUAUUAGAAUUCGAAAAUCCUUAUGCGUACUCUUACCUUCACUGUGAAAUACAUUCGUCGUAUUACCUGUACUAGCUGCAACUACACAUAAAUGUACAAAUAAAUCCAAGUGAUUGACAAUAUACUCCAGAAA